UGCAAACACAUUUUAUUUUUUAAUAAAUAUAAACACACACAGUCAUAAUAAUUAUAUUUGAUUACAAUUUGAUGAAAAGACGCCCGGCUUAAUCAUGGCAUAAAAUUUUGAUAAUAAAUGAAUUAAUUUUAGAUUUGAGUAAAGAAAAUAUUGUUUUUUAUCAAAAAACUAUUUGGAGUAAAAAAUGGCCCUGCCAGGAAAUUACAAACAAGUUGCACUUUCUGCAUCUAGUAUGAUGUCCUCAAGUCCACGUAUGAGAUCAUCUGGUGGUAGUGGAGGUGGAUCUGGAUCAAAUAAAGAUGCUGGUAGUCCAUUUAUACAAACUCCACAUGGACAUCCUGGUUUUACACCUCAAAAAGCUGGUAAAAAUUCACCAGCUGAUUCAAGAUUACCAAAACCUCCAAAAGCACCAGAAAAACCAUUGAUGCCAUACAUGAGAUACAGUAGAAAAGUUUGGGAUCAAGUUAAAGCACAAAAUCCAGAAUUAAAAUUAUGGGAAAUUGGUAAAAUAAUUGGACAAAUGUGGAGAGAUUUACCAGAUGAAGAUAAAACUGAUUUUAUUGAAGAAUAUGAUAGUGAAAAAGUUGAAUAUGAAAAAGCUUUAAAAGCUUAUCAUAAUUCACCAGCAUAUUUAACAUAUAUUGCUGCUAAAAAUCGUGGUAAAUCAGCAUUAUGUGUUGCACAACAAAAUAAUGAUGAACGUGAAACACAUGAUAGAUCAUCGAGUAGUAGUAAAAAUCAAGCUGCUCAAGAUAGAAGAAUCGAUAUACUUCCAGCUGAAGAUGAUGAUGAUCAAGAUGAUGGUUAUUCAGUAAAACAUGUUGCUUAUUCACGUUAUUCACGUAAUCAUCGUCUUAUUAAUGAAAUAUUUAGUGAUACAGUUGUACCAGAUGUACGUUCUGUUGUUACAACACAAAGAAUGCAAGUACUUCGUCGUCAAGUACAAUCACUUACAAUGCAUCAAAAAAAACUAGAAGCUGAAUUACAGCUAAUUGAAGAAAAAUUUGAGGCAAAAAAACGUAAAUUUAUUGAAACAAGUGAAGUAUUUCAAGAGGAAUUAAAAAAACAUUGUAAACCAGCAGUAGAUGAGGAUGCUUUUACUAAAAUGGUAGAACGUCAAUAUGAUCUUUUAAGACGUGACAAACUUAAAGGCACAGAUGAUGGUCGUUCAGAUGGAGCUGUAUCAAAUGAAUCAACACCAAAUUCAACUCCAACACCAACACCAGCAACAGUUAAUGAAGAAGCAACUGCUGAAAUGAACGAAGCUGAAGCAGCUGAAACACAAAAAAAAGCCAUGGAAGCUGAAAAAUUAAUUGAAUCAAAAAAAGGUAGUCCAUCACCACCGUACGUUGAAGCAAAGUCUGUUUCACCAGUACCAACAACAAAUGGUUCUCAAGCUAUUCCACCAACAUUAUAUCCAGCGACAGUUAGUCCAGUACAUCAAGUACAACAACCAAUGCCACCUCAGCUACAACCACAGAUACAAUCACAAGUAUCACCACCAAUGGCACCACAAAUACCACCACAGAUGCCUCCACAACAGCAUCAACAACAAAUGCCAAUUAUUUCUCCACAUCAAGCACCUAUUAUUCAACAACAACAACAACAACAACAACAACCACCGCAACCUCUCCCACAACAACAGCAGCAGCAUCAAGUGCCACAGGCUCCUCCUUCUUUACCUCCACAUGUUCAAUUACCACCACAUCAACAUCCACAGCAGCAACAACAGCAGCAACGUGAUACACAAAGAGAAAGAGAACAUCAACAGCAACGUGAACAACAACGUGAUCAUCAACAGCAUCAAGCACAAGUGCCACCAUCUCAGUCUAUUCAGCCACCACCUCCACAACAACAACAACAACAUCAACAAGCAAUGGCCCAACAUCAAUCGUCAUUGCAACAAGCUCAGCCAUUACAUCAGCAAGGACCUCCUCCUGGCCACCAGCCAGUUCUUCCUCAACAUCAACAAAUUUUACAUCAACAUCAGCAAAGCCCUCCUGGUCAACAAAGUCAUCAGCAAGGACCUCCACCACCACAUCAGCAAUCUUUGCAACAUCAACAACAAGCUCAACAGGCUCAACACCAAAUUCCUCCUCAGCAUCAACAAUCAAUGCCAGGACAUCAACAAGGACCACUUGGGCAUCAACAACCAUUACCGGGUCAUCAACAGCCACCACUAGGCCAUCAACAAUCUCCUGGACAUCAACAGCCACCUCCAGGACAUCAACAACCACCUCCAGGUCAUCAACAACCACCUGGACAUCAACAAGCUCCAUCAAGUCAUCAAGGACCACCAUCUGGUCAUCAAGGGCCACCAUCUGGUCACCAAGGACCACCUUCUGGACAUCAAGGUCCACCCUCUGUUCAUCAACAAUCUCCAUCAAGUCAUCCAGGCCAACAACAACCUCCACCAUCACCCCAACAUCCACAACAACAUCAUCAUCAACCACCACCACCGCCACAACAACAGCAUCAAGUUACUUCAGCAUCAGGUGCACCAAGUGCUCCUCCAACUCCUCCAGCUUUAUCACCAGCUCCACCAAUGCAACAGCAUAAUCCUCAUCAAGGUCCAUUACCAGGAAUGAUGUCAAAUCAUCAAUCAAUGCCACCUCAUCAAGGUAAUCAACCACAAAUGCCACCCGUACAAGGUCCAGGUGGACCACAUGGACCACCACCAAUGAUACCAGGUGGACAAGGUGGUUAUCCUCAACAAUAUCAACCACAACCACCACCAAGUAGCCAAGGACAAGCACAAAAUGUACCACUAGCACCAAGACCACCUCAUCCAUCAUAUGGUUAUGGUCAACAACAAGCUUAUCAUCAACCUUAUCCUCAACCAUAUUCACAUCCAUACUAUCAUCAACCCAAUAUGUAUCCACAAUAUGCUCCACAUAUGGGACGUUCACAUGGACAUGGUCCACAUGGAUCACAUUCUCCACACAGUCCUCAUCAUAGUCCAUAUCAUCCACAAUCACCUCAUUCAGUUGAUAAUAAUCCUGGAAGUAAUGCUGGACAACCUGGACCAAAUCCAGAAGGUGGAAAUCCAGUUUAUUCACCAGCACCAAUACAUGAUCCAGAACGACCACCAUCUGACAAUAAUCCAGAUGGACAAGAUUGUCCAAAACCAGGAUCAUCUUAAAUUUUCUAAAAGUCUUCGUAAAAAUUUUGUAACAACUACGAUGGGAUAAUUUGUUGAUUUAAUCUAAUAAUACAAAUUUAAUACUAUAUAACUUUUGUUUUAGAUAUAAUACAAUUCUUUUCUCAUUCUA